CCCAACUUGAUAACACCCCGAUUUUACGUCGAGCUGUGUUCACUUCAACUUUGACAACAAAGUAACUUCAAAACAGUAAUUCUUAAGAUAAUCUUUAAUAUUUGAAUUUAAUCAUUAUAAUCACUGCUUCGUAAUAAGAGAAAUUGUGGGGCACCAAACGUAUUCAAAACACCCAUAUUGACUCUCAGCUAGACAUAAUCAGUUUGAAAUGGAUCCAAGUCAUACCGAUACACGUACAGGAGUUUCCAGCAUGUGCACACAUUCAGCAAUAACUCAGGAGACUUUCGAUAAUGCUGUUAAGGAGAAUAGGGAAGUGUUCGACCUCAACGAAAAAGACGCUCUAGAAGAGACGGUCCACCAAUUUGAGUCACAGGGAGUGAAUCUAAGUGGGAUCCUCGUAAAGCCAAUGGCCUCGCAAGAACUCGGGGCCAUUAAGACAGCCGUUGAGAAGCUGGUGCAACUGCAAAAGACCAAGGGAAGUCUAGAGACAGUCAAUGAGACUUUGAAGGAAAUAACUGCUGCAUGUGAUCAGGGAGUUCCACAUAGAAUUGCAGCAGGAAAAGCUGAUGCCUAUAGAGUGUUGCUCGAUACUUACGAGACAUUUAACGAUAAAGAUGCGAGAACCAAUGUCUUAAAAGCCCUAAUUGCCUUGAUGACUAAACAGCCCGAUUUGCUGGACGUCAGGGGAAUCGAAUUUAUCAUUAGCAACUUGAAAGAUCAGCGCUCUGAUCCCCAACUGCAACGACUGAUACUGAAGUGGACCAAAGAGUCGUGUGUUAAGCACGAGACAAACAGGCAGCAAAUCUUCGAUUCGCAUAUAGUGGACAUUCUCAAGGGCUUUCUAAUCGAAAACACGCCUAUAGAAGUAAUUAGAGAAACACUGUCAGUGUGUAGGGCUCUAGUUCUGGAUGACGAUAUUCGCGUGGAAUUUGGGCGAGCCCAUGAACAUGCCAGAGUUAUUGCCAGUGAAACCCUUUGCUCGAUUAUGACGCUUUUGAGCAAAUACAGAGGCGAGGAGCAGCUUAACGUGGACAUCAUGUUAACACUGACUGCAUUAAUGGUGCGGGCUGAAUUUUGCAAGAAAGUCUAUGAUGCGGGCGGAAUUGACCUGAUCAAGAAUGUAAUGGAGACGUUCGCCAAUAGUGAUAAAAUUAUCAGACAGGGCUUUAAGUUGAUCAAAUCCUUAGCGGGGGAUGACGAGUGUAAGGAACAUUUGAUCGUCAAGGGAUACACUGAAGUGUUAAGGGACUCGAUUCUUGCCAAUAUGGAAAGUGCCGGUACCGUAACGGCAGGACUGGCCGCGAUCGCAGCUAUGACUUUACGAAGCCCACAAAACAGCAAAGCCCUAUUUGAUGCCGGAAUUCCUGAAGUCAUUGUCGCUGCAAUGAAGCAUCAUUCUGAGCAAAAGGCUGUUCAGAAAGCCGGUAGCUGGGCCAUUAGGAACAUGGUGUCUAGAAGCCAAUACCAGUGCGCAAAAUUCAUCGAUCUGGGAGCCGAGGAAGUUUUGCAUCAGAAUUUGGAGAAAUUCAAAGAUACCCAAUACGACGUAAAAGCGGCCUUGCGAGAUUUGGGCUGCAACCUGGUGUUCAAGGAGGAGUGGACUGGAAAAGGCGGCGCGUUGACUACCGGUAAAAUACGCGAAUAAAAUAUUAAAAGGCGUCUUGAAGGAGCACGAUAACAUAUUCUAGACUUCGGCUUUUCUAAUUGGGUUUUCGGUUAGAGAUGGUUAAUUAAUUACUAUUUACAUUUUUUGAUAUAUUCACUUUAUCCGCUAAUAAAUUAUUAUCAAUA